AUGGUCGACAACAACACCUUCCUGUCCAAAUUCCGCAAAAACCCCACCUCCCUCUCGUCCAUCCCGCUUCUGACCAGGAUUCGCACGAACGACACCUCGAAAUCGGACCAGUCGACCAUUUUCUCUGCGAAUUCAGCAGAGACCGCAGCCACCGAUGUUUCAGUGCCCAAACGGUUUUUCAGAGUGAGAACCAACUCGUCGACCAGCGAGCUGAUGGUGCCAAUUGUGCCGCCUUCGCCGAAGAAAGACCCGGAAAAACUGCGUGAGAUCAAAGACAUUGCAUUUGAAGUGACUCCCCGGAAACCACAGACGAAAAACGUCCAUCCGCUGGACCAACCCAUACUAGGCAGAAGACAAACAGAACCUACAGAAACAAAUACAAACCACGACAACAACAACAACAACAUACAGAACGCAGCAGAUUUACUUGUAACUCUCAUAAGGUUCGUCAUUCAAGCAGUGCAAGUGCUGUGGAACCUUGAUCUGUUCAUCAACGUCGCGCUCACAAAGGAGACCACUACUCGCGUGCACGUGCCGUCUUUGGUCGUUGGCCUGUUGGUAGUGUACGUACUCUGCUCUUCGUCUAGCCCGCAGUACUACCCACAGGCCGUGCAACCAUCGGGAACGCCACGAUGGUGGCAGUUUUUUUCUUUGUGGCGGUGCUGGCCGUAG